GUUCUUACCUACUGGCCCUCCACCCCUCACACACGAACAGAGAGAAGCACAGAGACCAUGUUCCCUCUCCGUGUACCGCUGUUGGCUGUAAUGGUCAGCAUGGCCCUGUGCCAGUAUUAUGACUAUGAUUACCAGCCUGGUUCAAUGCUAGGGCCCUCUGGCCCCAACUGUAAUCAAGAGUGUGACUGCCCAGUGAAUUUCCCUAGCGCCAUGUAUUGUGACAGCCGCAAGCUCAGGUUUGUUCCCAUAGUUCCAACAGGGAUCAAGUACCUGUACCUCCAGAACAACCUGAUUGAGGAGAUCAAGGCAGGAGUGUUUGAUAAUGUUACUGAUACUCUCCGCUGGCUGGUACUUGACCAGAACCAGAUCACCAAUGCAAAGGUAGCAAAGGGUACAAUCGACAAGCUCACCUCCCUGGAGAAACUAUUCUUCAGCAACAACAACCUUACAGAGCCUAUCAUCCCUCCCUCAAAGGCCCUUGAUGAGCUGAAGAUGAUGAACAACAAGCUGAGCAAGUUCCCCUCUGGUCUCUUGUCUGACAAGGAGAAUUUGACGUACAUUAACAUUCAGCACAAUGAGCUAACCUCUGAAAGCAUCUCAGGGGCAUUCAAAGGGCCGAAGAAGCUAGUUUCCCUGGACGUGAGCCACAACAAGCUGAAGAAACUGCCAGUUGGAAUCCCCGGUACACUGGAGAUCCUCUAUGCUGACUACAACGAAAUUGAUGGUGUCGGAGCAGGAUACCUGAGCAAGCUGCCAGUACUGCAGUCCCUGAGGAUCUCCCACAACAAGCUAGUGGAUGGUGGACUUCCAGCUGGAGUGUUCAAUGUGACAUCGCUGGUGGAGCUUGACCUGUCUUUCAACAAGCUGCAGUCCAUCCCUGAGAUCAACGAGCAGCUGGAGAAUCUCUACCUCCAGGCCAAUGAGAUCAACAAGUUUGAUCUGGGAAGUUUCUGCAAGUUCAUUGGACCCAUCAACUUUUCCCGUCUGAAGCAUCUGCGUCUGGAUGCCAACAACAUCACACACAACAGCAUGCCUCAUGACUCCUCCAACUGCCUGCGUCAAGCUUCGAAUAUCAUGUUUGAAUAAGGACCUCUUUCCAUUACCCCGAUUUUACAACCACAGCUCAGCCCCAAGCCGUGUCGCAACAUCCCUCUUUUCAUAGUACUCACUCAUGUCAUGUCAUCCACUUUCUGACAUAUCAAGUAGUAUGCAAAUCUGGGGUUUUGUAAUGGCAUUGUCACCAAUUAGAAUAUAUCUUUAAAUAAAGAGCUGGGCAAAUUAAACGUACAACAGAUAGCAUUACAAGCUAUCAACCAUUUUGACAAUCUUUUUAUGACAUCUUUCAAACUAUCAAAUCAAUUUGUAAAUUCAUCAAGCAUCCUACAUGUGCUGCAAAUAUUUGGCACUUAACAUUUGUAGAUAUAUGAAGGCAGAAAAAUAAAUAAAAAAAACAAAAAAUUCUAUAAAAAAUAUAAAAAGUAAAUGACUAAAAGUUAAAUAACUAAAUGCUUUGAUUUAAAACGAAGCACACACUUCAAACAUUCCAAGUUGACAUUAUGUUGAAUACAUUCACAAUGGAGUAAACAAUGAAUGAAGUUAGUAUCUCCAGUGUCUCAAUCAUAGCGUCAUUUUGUUGUGUGUCUUGUAUGUUCCAGUGUAAAACAUGUAGGAUAUAAUGUGGGUACACUAAUUAAUCCAUUGCUGGGCAAAGGACCAGCAAGAAAAAGACUGUGUACUCAGAUUUCCGUGUUUAAUUCCUCAUGUGAGAAAUAAUGAACAAAUUGUAAAAUAGCAGUUACAUUUUCAAGGAAAAUACCAGUGUUUUAACUCAACGUCUGCCAGUUACUUGUUCAGUUACUUUGGUCUCGCAUAAAAUAAGUGGUGCCUUGAUGCAAAUACUGUGAUGUCCCACUUAUCUAAACCAAUUCUCAAUUUAGAAAUAUCCAUUUCCUUCAAUGAAUACCUUCUCAUUUCCUUAAAGCAAUAACUUUAAGUUCUGGUUGAGUAAGACUUAUGUCAGCCCUUACAACAUAAAAAAGUAGAAUAGAUCAUACAAGAAUGAAAGACACUGGUAUUAUCUUUGACAUUACUAUAUAAAAUAUUAUUGUUGAAACAGUUAAAUGACAAGACUAUGUUUUUUUUUAGAAAUCAUGAGUCAAAUUGUUUCUUCUCGUUAUGUAAUUCCUAGCUGUCCGCUGUCAUGCACAUUGCUGAUUUGUAUACAACAUUUGCAUUACUUGCAUGCAUCCAAUGGUACCAUUCUUUGAUAAUAAACUACAGCUUUUGCAGAUAAGGUGCUUCCAUUGUUACGUUGUUGUUUAACAUAUUUGAUAAAUGCUUUUUAACAAUACAUAGUCAACUUGACAGCAGUGUCACGCUGAUUAAAUGGUGUAGCUAUAUUAUUAGAAUAUCGCAUCUUGUCUGGACAAUUUUAAAUUUCAUCAUGAUUUCUUUUGUGGCCUUUGAAUCAGUAACUGCUCAUGAUUUUACUGUGAGGAAACCACAACACAGCUGAAUAAACUAUGUUU